UAAAAUUGCUGUCGUCGUUAUCGCUACUUGUCGCUGAGUUUGCUUCAGUGAGCAACUGUUCUUUUCAUGUACGGUGUAUUUAUUGUUUUCGUUUACUGCUUCUCACUCGAACGUUUAUAUUUUUCAUUCAUCAGUAAAAGCUUCCGUUGAUUAAGAGCAAAACAAAAAGUGUUCGAAAAGUGAUACUAACUGAUUUUUGUGUGUGUAUUACGCGUACGUACUUACAUUGUGGGGUGAAUAACAACUUUUUCAGUUUCUCUUCUACACCCUUCCUCUUGUUUUCGUUGCGUCUGCAUUAUGUCUGUGGCUGAAUAAAUGAAAUCAUCUCUGGAUCUGCUGUACUCAUGAAUAAGAACAAAAAGACGUACGAUGUAAGGAUCAGCAUAUCAGUGCACGAAUCUGGCCGAAAUUUUUGAAGAAAACUAAAUGCUUUUGUCACCGGUAUAAUCUUCUGAAUUAGCUGUCGUUAAUAAGCUAUCCAGCGUUUUUGUCAGCUGCAAAUGUGUACAUGUGCUUUCCUUUUACCAACAUGUGCUUAGAUCGGUUAAAAUUCAGUUUGCUAAAUGUCUUCGGAAAAGUUCAUAAAAAUUGAAGCCUUAACUUCUGAGAAGAUCGUCCUUUAAAGGCGACGGUGGUUGGUUGGGCUUUUCAUAAACAUUUCUAUUCUGUUUCAUCGCCAUCAUUGCAACUGUCAUCAGCAUGGAUCAUGCAGUGAAAGCUACACGUGGUCGUCCUUGGAAUACUUUACGUUUCGAAAAUGAUGAACUGGAAUGUUUAUAUCAACGUUAUACACUGAAAAUGCAACGGUUUUCGGUGCUGGGUGUUAUCGCUUUAGUUCUUGUAUUAUGCGGUGUUAUGGCUACUUUAUCAUUUAUUUAUAAUAAUGCUCCCACUUUCCAUAACGUUUUCAACUCGUUUGUUUGUUUAUUAUUCGCCAUAAUCCUUAUACUUUUACAAUGUCGCGUUAUCAAGGAUCAUCAUUUACCUUGUUUAUGUUAUGGUAUUCUACUAUUUGCCGCUGCCAUCUGUGUCGUAUCGAUGCCAACAAUGGGUUCGAUUUUUCCCGUAGACACAAAAGACGAAGAUUCCCAGGUCAUGGCCGAAGGUGUUUGGCAGAUUGUUUUCGUAGUUUUUCUAGCGUACGCUAUGAUGCCCUUACAAAUAUGGGAAGCAGUCUGCUUUGGCAUAAUUUUACCUUUAGUUCAUAUUAGUUUAACUGUAUACAAAAUAUUCACCAAUUCAUUUCGUUAUUUGGAGUACAAUCAGCUUAUUGCCAAUAUUGUAAUGUUUAUUGGUGUCAAUGUGGCUGGUCUUGUGGUUAAUAUAAUGAUGGAACGUGCUCAGCGCCGUGCCUUCUUGGAUACGCGCAACUGUAUAGCAGCGCGUUUAGAGAUCCAAGAUGAAAAUGAAAAAUUGGAAAGGCUACUGUUAUCGGUACUACCUCAGCAUGUGGCAAUGCAAAUGAAAAACGAUAUACUCUCACCAGUGGCUGGUCAAUUUCAUCGUAUUUAUAUACAAAAACAUGAAAAUGUCAGUAUUUUAUUUGCCGAUAUCGUGGGUUUCACUGUACUCUCGUCUCAGUGUAGUGCUCAAGAAUUAGUGAGGCUUUUAAAUGAACUUUUUGGAAGAUUCGAUCAAUUGGCUCAUGAUAAUCACUGUCUGCGCAUUAAAAUUUUAGGUGAUUGCUAUUAUUGUGUUUCCGGUUUACCAGAGCCACGUAAAGAUCAUGCUAAAUGCACCGUUGAAAUGGGUUUAGAUAUGAUUGAUGCUAUAGCAUCUGUAGUCGAGGCUACAGAUGUUAUGUUAAAUAUGCGUGUGGGUAUACAUACCGGUCGGGUGUUGUGCGGUGUCUUGGGCUUACGAAAAUGGCAAUUUGACGUGUGGUCAAAUGAUGUAACGCUGGCUAAUCACAUGGAAUCCGGCGGAGAACCGGGCAGAGUGCAUGUUACUCGUGCCACUUUGGAUGCUUUAUCGGGCGAAUACGAAGUUGAAGCUGGGCACGGUGAUCAACGAUCUUCUUAUUUAAGAGACCAUGGUGUCGAUACAUAUUUUAUCGUACCCCCUCCUCAUCGGCGCAAGCCUUUAAUGCUCAAUACGUUGGGCGUUAGGUCGGCUAUUGGAUCACGGCGAAAGCUAUCAUUUCGAAAUGUUUCCAAUAUGGUUAUGCAGUUACUGCAUACCAUUAAGUUUUCUGAGCCAGUGCCCUUCUCGAAUAUAGCCACCGGUUCAUUCCCCUCAUCAGCUGGCGCCAGUGGCACUAGGGCUAAUAACAGCGAAGGCGGUGGCGGGCAAUUGGAGAAAAGCUCCCGAAAGGAUGCGGUAAUACGUCUUCAAAAGAUUUUACAUGCACCUACGACACCACCCGCUGGCGGCGGUGUUACCAUAACAGUAGGAACAACUUCUAGCUCAACUGCGAACACGAUUAGUCGCAUACAUAGACUUAACAAUAGUAAUCAAAGAAAUAAAUCAAAGGUUACCGAUAAAUUUAAACGGCCCUUUCGCAAACGUCACUCUUCGGUCCAUCAUCAGCCUACAAAUCGUGUUAAUCGCUUCCUAUCGCAAGCAAUUAAUGCUCGAUCGGUGGAUUGUCAAAAAUCUGAGCAUGUGGAUCGUAUAACGUUAAGAUUUCGCGAAAGCGACAAAGAACGAGAAUAUCGAAAAGAUUUUGAUUUGGGAUUCACGACAGCGAUGGGUUGCUCUUUGCUCCUAUUAAUAUUAGGAGCAGCCUUGCAAGUAACCGCUUUGCCCAGAACAUUAAUUCUAUUAUUACUUUUCUUAACCGCGUUUGUGUGGGUUUGCGCCAUAUUAAUGCUAUUGUUGGCUGUACGUUUGAAAUGGAUCGUUUGGGAUUUAUCGGAAAGUUUUACCCUGCGAAUGGCUAUAACAAUUUUUACGAUAGUAUUGAUCUACUCAGUGGGCCAAGUGAAUGUGUUUACUUGCAUUUCCGAUCAUCCAUGUUCAAGUAAUUUUACUGCUGCCGCACCAACGCUUGAAGAAGAUUUUCUUAUGUUGGGCUACCAAAACGAACUUCAUCGGAAAUGUUCUUUGCCCCAGUAUGUGGCGUUAGCAGCAGCCUUUGCUUUUCUGUCCGUUUCGGUGUUUUUAAGAUUGCCAAUCUUGUUUAAAUCAUUACUUAUCAUAAUGAUGGGUGUUAUCUACAGUUUAUUCAUUGAGCUAUCGCAUACAAAUAUAUUUGAUUGCUACGACCGUCGAGUAAACGCAUCAAUUCCACUUCAUUUGAUUUCAUUGGCUCGCAUAAUUAUUUUCAUGAUUGCCAUACUGGUGCACGGUCGAUUGGUUGAGUGGACGGCACGUUUGGAUUUUCUUUGGCAAUUGCAGGCCUCUCAAGAGAAAAAAGAGAUGGAUGUUUUACAAGAAUCGAAUAAAAGGAUAUUGCAUAACCUAUUGCCGGCUCAUGUGGCGGCACACUUUUUAGAUAAUCAGUUCCGUAGUAAUAUGGAAUUGUAUCAUCAAAGUUACGCUAAGGUCGGCGUAAUAUUUGCCAGUGUACCAAACUUUCACGAAUUCUAUACUGAAAUGGAUGGUUCAGAUCAAGGCUUGGAAUGCUUGCGGUUGCUAAAUGAGAUAAUAGCCGACUUCGAUGAAUUACUGAAAGAAGAUCGCUUUCAUGGCAUAGAUAAAAUUAAAACCGUCGGCAGCACAUAUAUGGCUGUGGUGGGCUUAAUACCAGAGUAUAAAAUUAUUCCAAAUGAUUCAAAUUCAUUGAGACGUCAUAUGACAGCUUUAGUGGAAUAUGUUAAGGCAAUGCGUUUAUCUCUUCAAGAGAUUAAUAGCCAUUCAUAUAAUAACUUUAUGUUACGAGUAGGUAUUAACGUUGGACCUGUAGUUGCUGGAGUUAUUGGUGCUAGGAAGCCACAGUAUGACAUAUGGGGAAACACGGUGAAUGUGGCUAGUCGCAUGGACUCUACUGGUAUACCUGGCUAUACCCAAGUGACCCAAGAAGUUGUUGACAGCCUGCAAGGAUCGCAUUUUGAAUUCAAGUGUCGCGGAACGAUUAAAGUGAAAGGCAAAGGAGAUAUGAUUACAUAUUUUUUGAACGAUAAUCCUAAUAACGUAUUAAAUUGCGAAAUUCGUAAUGCGUUCAUUGGUGGCAAUCGCAACGGUUAUGGUCAACCACCUCAAACUCAGUUGACAACACAGUCCCAGUCUAAUGGGGACUAUUAUAGCAAACAAACCCAAUACCAUCAGGAUAAUCCCAACUAUCAGUUGAAUUCAGAGACAUUUAAUAUCAAAAAAGAUCACAAUUAUAUGGGCUAUAGUGGUAAUGGUGAAAAUGAAAAUAGUCUAUUAACAAAACAUUCGCCCAAUAGUCUCAAUGAAGAGCAACAACAUUUAUUACAACAUAUGCAACCGCAACAUCAUCAACAUCAUUUACAACAGCAACAGCAACAAAGGUUAAAUAGUAAAUUGCAAAAGCAACCUUUUCACAUGGUCAACGGUGGUUUGCCAAAUAUCAGUGAAAACGGUCAAGACAGUGAAAGCCACAAUGGUAAUGAACAUAAAAAUUACGGAGGCUUCGGUAACUAUUUACAACAUCAAAUGGGACAGCAACAGCAACAACAGCAACCACAACAACAACAACAACAGCAGCAGCAACAGCAACAUAAUCAACAACAACAACAGCAGCAGCAGCAGCAACAACAACAACAACAACAACAACAGCAAACGCAACAAAAACAGCAUCAACGUCAAAACUCAACUAGUUCCAUGAGCAGUUUAGGCUUACAAUCCAAUUCAAUAGCACAUGCACCCGCCGCCCCAUCAGCACAAGCACCUACAAAUCAAAAACAUGUUUUACCCUUACAGUCCAGCGGCCAAUCGCCAUCAUCAUUAUUAAAUGGUGCUGGUGGUGUUGCCGCGACUGCUGCUCACUCCUCAUCAUCGGUAAUGUUGCGUGAACAAUUUAAUAUUAUUGAAAAUCCUAGCAAUAGUAAUCGUUAUGAUUACAAUAACUUUCCCACUCAUCAUCAUCACCAACAGCAUGAUCCUUAUGCUUCGUUGGAGAAUUUUAAUAAUCUUAUAUAUGGCCCCGGUCAUCAUAAUACUAAACGUGAGCAAUUGCAUGUUUCAAAUUCGGCGGCGACACGGGCUAUCCCUGCCCAUCAUCAAUCGCACAAUAAACCCAACAAUAUCUCAUAUAAUCAUAAUUACCAUCAUUUACAACAUUCUAAUAAUUCACAGAAUCAUCCUAACAACUAUCACAAUCAACAUCAACAUCAACAUCAUCAGCAAUAUCAUCAGCACAAUCAACCGUCAUCGUCGCUAUCGUCGUCGCCGAUAUUGCCCCAUAAAAACUCCAACAACCAUUUCAAUAAUUAUAACAAUUGCCGAGAAAGCGAGCCAUUAUUGAAUGCGACAUCGGUGCGGGCCAAGAUAAUACCUAUGCAGCAUUUGCCAACCGUACAGCAUCAUACACCUAAAUAUGAACCACCACGUUAUAUGUGUCCCAAUAACCUCUUACUACAGCAACAGCAACAACAGCGUCAAGAAAGUUACCAACCGUAUCACCAUCAGCUACAACAAUCACCAGCAUUACCAUCUCAUCAACAGUAUUCAAUGUAUUCCCAGCAAGCAACGCCAUCUCCACUACCAGUCCUACCACCCAAACCAAAUGUCACGGUAGCCACCAAACAAAUGAAAACAAACACACCGAUCUUGCGUACCUAUAUGAAGCCUUUACCAAAGCUACCUACGGACUUAGAGGAGAAUCGUGAAAUGUCUUCCACCGAUGAUUUAAGUUCAAGACCGCAUUCACCUUCGAUGAGUUCAUCCGAUGAAAGUUAUUCUAAAACAACGGAAGGUGAGGGAGAAGACGAUUCACCGCGCUUAACGGUGGCUAAUCAUCAGGUUCGCAAUAAUGGCGCUGUUAAUGCUUUACAAUGGCUCUAUCCCUGCGAUAUCCAAGUGGAUCCCAUGUCGCCCGUUGUUGAUAUAUCAAAUUUGAAGGAUUUCGAGGUUAGUUCCACCACAGAAAGCCAAGGUCAAUAUACGACGACCACACAAAAUAAAGGCGAUUCAUGUAACAGCUUUGAGUAUCAAGGCCGUUUAGAUAUGGCUCAGAAAUCGGGCAAUAUUAACGCAGCGGCACAACAAACGGCCAAUGGUUCAUCAAAUCAAGCAACCAAAUCACCAUUUGAGAGGGAAUUGCAAAGACUUUUAAAUGAAUCGUCGAGAGCUCGCGGCCUUGUAACAAUUCAAAACUCAUUAUCGGCAGCCGCAACGGUAUCUAGUUCAUUGGGUGCGAACAUGAAUUCAGGAUCAGGCAGUAACGGUGAUGGAGGUAAUACCACCAGCAAUAGCAGUAGUCGCAAUAACAUUGAAUUAUGCUAUUCAGGCAGCAAUAGUAAAUUAAGUUCAAACGGUUUGAAUGUAGCUAUCGGUGGCUGUAAUGCGACUGGUGGUGGUGGCAGCGGUAGUCUAGCUGGCAGCAAUGGUAAUCUAAGCAGCAGUACUCCGCUUAGCGGCAACAAUAAUUUGAAAAAUGUUACCAUAACUAUGGCAGCUACCGUUUUAGAUGACUUAAGUUCACCCACUACGAACGGAAGAACGCAAAAUUCUAAAAUCCCAGUCAGUACAAGUUUUAUGAUUGCCAAACAUCCGGUCGGCCUGGAAGCUAUAAAGGAAAUAACACGCAAUAAAAAUCCCUCUGAAUCAAGUCAAAUGCAAACUUCUGAUACUGAGUCUUGUGAAAUUUUGCAUGAAACAUGCAAUCAUUUAAAUCUUGCUAUGAUGGACAUGACUAAUAAAUCAUCAACCUCUACCAAUGGUACAAAUUAUAAUAGCUAUUCCCAACAGCAGCAGCAGCAGCAGCAGCAGCAGCAACAGCAACAGCAACAGCAGCAGCAGCAAUCGCUACAGCCGCAACCCUCAGGUCCUAAAGAGCAUAAUCAUCGCCAUCGAUUAAGACCACGUUCCAAAGAUUUUGAUCAAAGUCAUGAAAGUCUCGAUUUGUUAGAUAAUAAUGUAACGGAGAGUAAAACAAAUGCUUCGGCACGUUAUCAUCGUCAUAAUCACCACCACCAUCAUCAUCAUCAUCAUCAUCAUAAUCAUAAUAAUUAUCAUGCUCGUCAGCGUACAAAUCAACAACAACAUAACAUUGUCAACGAUGACGAUGAACGUGAUGAUACCGAAGAUAAUUUAGCGGAUGAAGAAUUUGAAGAUGACGAAGUAGGUCGCGAUGUACGUAAGAAACGUUUAUUACCAACUUCUCAUGCUUUAAAUAAUUCUUCCUCAAUGGAUUUUGUUAAAAUGCAAUCCCAACAGCAGCAGCAACAACAACAACAACAGCAGCAGCAGCAUAAUCUUCAUUAUAACAGUGAAGACGAUUUAAAUGAUGAAGAUGAAGAUGAUGGGAACGGUGAUAAUGAACGAGCAAAUCGUGCAAAUGAAACUCCAGUCAGCACUGCUCUAACCAAUGGGCAGUGCCAAAAUGACACUCGGUUAGAAGCAAAUGUGAUAAAUGAUGAAUUGAAAUAUGGUGCCGGUCAUCAUAAUCUUCAUUCAAUGGACUCUAAUCCGAUCGAAUCGCAAUCUGAAUGGUCAGACGAUGAUUGUCGUGAAGAAGCUACAGGCGGUGCUGAAUCCACUGGGUAUAUAACCGAUGAACCUGGCUUGGAAAAUAUUUCCCUGUUAAACGAAGCUGGCUUAACUGAUGCCGAGGGUGCAUUAUCUGACGUCAAUUCACUAUACAAUGCACCUGAUGUCGACGAUACUUCCGUAUCAAGUCGCGCCAGUUCACGAUUGCUAAGCUUAGACUCACUCAGCGGCCUAUAUGACUGCGAUUUAGAUUCGAAACAUGAAAUGGCCAUUGUAAAUGUAUCUCAUAAAAUAACCAAUAAGUUUGGACCACAACAGCAGCAACAACAGCAACAGCAACAGCAACAACAGCAGCAGCAACAACAACAGCAGCAGCAGCAACAACAGCAGCAGCAG